UCCAGGGUGUACCCCGCCUGAAUGCCCAUUGACCGCUGGAGAUAGGCACCAGCCCCCCCGCGACCCUGCGUGGACACAGCGGGUUCAGACAAUGGAUGGAUGGAUGGAAAUCAAAAAUAAGGAAGAUAUCAAAAAGGACGCAUCUGAUUGGCCAGUUCCUGUUGUGGGCGGGGUUUAUGCGUAGCUACAAAUACACUGCUCUCCUCUAUCACGGUACACACCCAGAGCCAAAACGAUUCAAACACGUACAGUAAAACACAGACGGAUCCUACACGGACUUCUACAGAUCAGAUUAAAUCAUGAGUAAGGACACAGAGAUCGACAUGGAGGAGGUGAAGCUCAAUGAGGUGGACCCUGAGAAGCAGCCCAUGACCGGAGACGGUCCACCGGUGAGUGAGAAGAACGGCAGCGUGAAGCUGAAGGUCCCUGAGGAUGAGGUCACAUUCACCGGCCUAUCCAAGGAUGAGCUGAUGAAGGUCGCGGGCACUCCAGGGUGGGUGCGAACCCGCUGGGUGCUGCUGGUCCUGUUCUGGUUGGGCUGGGUCGGCAUGCUGGCUGGAGCGAUUGUAAUCAUUGUGCAGGCCCCUCGCUGCAAACCCAUCCCGGAGAUGAACUGGUGGAACGAAGGACCUCUGUAUCAGAUCCCUGACCUUGAUGCCUUUUCUGAAGGAAUGGAAGGCCUGGAAGCUAAGUUGGACCACCUGACCCAGAUGAAGGUUAAAGGGCUGGUUCUGGGUCCGUUCCACACCGUCCAGGCUGAUGAGCCCAACACGCUGGAGCUGACACAGAUCAACCCCACCCAGGGGACGGAGAAAGCCUUGGUGUCUGUGCUGGCCAAGGCCCACAAGAAGGGUAUUUCUGUGGUGCUUGACCUGACGCCCAACUACCGGGGAUCCGCCCCCUGGUUCACCGACAAUAACAACGAUAUCGUGGACAAAGUCAAGGCUGCAGCGGAGUACUGGAUGAAUUUGGGCGUCGAUGGCAUCAAGGUGUCCGGUUUCUCUCUCGCCUCAAACUUCACCGACUGGCCCAAACUGCAGGCCGCCGUCCAAGGGAACCGCACCGAGGACACAAAGAAAAGAGCGCUGAUGGGUGUGGUCCAAGGUCUUUCAGCCACACAGGUGUCUCAGCUGGUCAACUCCACUGGUGCGGACCUCAUCCUUCCUGACCUCCUCACCAGCACCGGCGACAAUGUGCAGCGCAUCAGAGACGUGGACGCUCUUCACUCCCAGCAGAGAAGUGUGGCGUGGGGCGUCGGUGCCAGCAAACUGGAGCGUCUGUCUAAACUGGCGACGUCUCCGAGCCUGAUCCGUCUGUACCAGCUGCUGCUGUUCACGUUACCCGGAACGCCGGUGUUCACCUACGGAGAUGAAAUCGGCCUUCAGGCGGGAGAUGGCUCAGAAAGUCCUAAAAUGAUUUGGGACUUGGAUAAAGAACCCUCCAAAGAAGCUCCCGUCGACGAAGCAGCAGAGGCCAAUCGGACGGAGCACAUAGCUGUCAGGACGUGGUUUAAAUCCCUCAGUGACCUCCGAGGCAAAGAGCGUUCCCUUCUCCACGGAGACUACUACCCUCUCUCCUCCUCCGCCUCAUCCCUCGCGUUCCUCCGUGUCUGGGACCAGAGUGAAAGAUACAUCACAGCCUUUAAUUUGGGAACGCAGCCCUUAGAACUAAAGCUUAGCCUGUCUUCAGAUGAAGUGAAGCUACCGGACGUAGCUAAAGUGAAACUGACCACUGAUAAAGAGUUGGAGGAAGACUCUUUAGUGAGCCUGGCCUCGCUCACAUUAGGACCAGAGCAGGCGGUGCUCCUGCAGUUUCCUUAUUCGGGCUGAAGAUGGCGCCAGAUGAAGGAACGGGCCCCGCAGCUCAGAUCAGUUGUCAUGAAAAAGCUCAGUAGCAGUGUCGAUCCAUAGGAACAAGGCCACAUUUUAUUUUUUUACGGCGCUGUAACUGUGUUGGGAAAGCAGGAGGGAAAAACUGUUCAGAAACCUUUUAAAGUGUGACGUGUUUUCCUGUUUUUAAGGUGGCGUUGUCCGACUCGCUGUUCAGACGUGUGACACAUUCCUCUGUUCGUAGGGCAUUCCUCUAGCAGCUUUCAUUAUUGUUAUUUAAAAGUUUCCAUGGACGGGUUUCCUCCCACAAAUGUACGUUUUACUCUGGGCUCGAGGAGAACAGCGCUGAACACCAAUAAACUGGUCUGGACUGA